CAACGACUCAAUUGAAUUCUUGCCCGUUCAAGGCGCGGUCUCUCUGUUGUUGGAGAAUAUGAUAUAGACUCUGUAUCUUGAGUCUCAUUCGCCAUCACCGCACCACGUUGUCGACCCUCUUUGCCCUCUCCUCCCCUCCCUCCCUCUCAACCACCAUUACUCCUACCGACUCGUCUCUCACCGACACGAUGGUCCGAAACAUCGUGGUCCUCGGCGGCUCGUCCCACCCAGUACUGACUGACACUAUAUGCGAGAUCCUCGGUAUCGAACAAGGCCAAGCUCUCUUCUCGAAAUUCUCAGUCGGAGAAACCCGAGUUGAGAUCGGUGAGUCAGUCAGAGGAAAAGAUGUAUAUAUCAUACAGUCGGGUGGUGGCAAAGUGAAUGACCAUUUUGUCGAACUGCUGAUCGCCAUCUCGGCAUGCAAGACCGCCUCGGCCAAGAAGGUCACCGCUGUCCUUCCUCUCUUUCCUUAUUCUCGACAAUCGGAUGUUCCCUACAACAAGAGUGGUGCACCAUUGGUAAAAGCUGCAAAGUUGGAUCACAAGCUUGUCCAGGAUGGAAACGGCUACUCAUUCGACAGCGUUCCACCCACGCCUCAUCCGGACAAGGGUGAAAGCCAUGGUUUGACGAAUGGAUAUUCCUUCCAGAAAGCCGCUUCUAAAUCACAACUAGAUGAUGGCGAUGGCAGUCCUGCACAUCAAGCUCGUUUCAGCCAUUACCGAGAUCAAAAUUCGCAGACCAAGUCGGGUUCCGAGUAUUUCCCAAGUUCGCGAAGGCGAAGCGAAUCGAGUGCAUCCACGACCAAUGGUGUUGUCAAUCAUGAUUUCGCGGCAACUCCGAGCAAGACGGAGAACAAGACAGAGGUCCUGGAAAGCUUCAAACCUCGUCCGGGUUAUCGACAAUGGGUGGCCCAGGCUGGAACUCUCGUGGCAGAUCUUCUUACUUGUGCCGGUGCCGAUCACAUUAUCACCAUGGAUUUGCACGACCCGCAAUACCAGGGCUUUUUCGACAUUCCCGUCGACAAUCUUUAUGGGCGACCAUUGCUCAAGAAAUACAUCCAGCAAAACAUCCCAGACUAUAAAAAUGGUGUUGUUGUCAGUCCUGACGCUGGCGGUGCUAAACGUGCUACUGCCAUUGCCGAUGCCUUAGGCAUUGAGUUUGCUCUCAUUCACAAGGAGAGAAGGCCCACCAAGAUCAACGAUCGCCAGAAUGCCACCAUGAUGCUUGUCGGAGAUGUCACUGGCAAGGUGGCCGUCCUCAUCGACGAUUUGGCUGAUACUAGCAACACCAUUACCCGAGCAGCUAAGCUCUUGAAGAAAGAAGGAGCCAGCAAGAUCUACGCUUUGGUAACUCAUGGUGUUUUGAGUGGCGAUGCGAUUGAUAGAAUCAACGCCAGUGCCCUCGACAAGGUCAUUGUCACGAAUACGGUUGACCAACAAGAGCAUUGCAAGCGGUGCCCGAAACUUGAAGUGCUUGAGGUGGGACAUGUUUUUGCCGAGGCUAUCCGACGGGUCCAUUACGGCGAGAGUAUCAGUGUGCUGUUUCAGUAUGACUAGUCGCAAGAUUACAAAAAGAGUCAACACGAAGCUACCCAGUCAAUGUGGUUACAGAGAUGCGUCUCUAAACCACGUUGCAAGCGAUACACGAGCAUACUUUGCCAGCUACCACUUUUUCCAAGUUCAUCACUGAUUUUAGGUGGAAAUGAGGCCAUCAGGGAAACCACAAAACACCAAAAACAGUAUCAAAAUACCCAGAUAACACCAUAAAGAAGUGCCUUGGACCAAGUGCUGGAGAGGUCUUCCAACAACAAGUGGCGUUAAAGGAUGGACAAUGAUUGUAUUUGCAAUUGUGGAAAGGGUUGUAUCCAGGGCGGAGAGAUCUGAGUUUUGAGUGUACUCUCCAUAGCAAUAUGCCUUCCCAUUCAACCUUGUAUUCUCUAGGUCAAUGCCGCAGCCUUCAAAGGGUAUGGGUGAGUAGAUGAGAAUACCAAACAGCCGCCAGAUUUUCUCUUUGUUUGUGGUGCUUGCACCAACUCCUGAGCUGAGGAAGUGCUGUGAUCGGCUCUUGCUAAGCUUGCGUGGUGAUCGAGACCAAGUUCUCCUGCACUGCUCCAUACAUUUCAGUUUCCAAUGGUCGAGGUCGAUCGAUGGCUCAUCGAAAAAGAAGUCCAGCCCGGCCGGCCACGAUAUGAGCGGGCCUCUGCCUGAAAUUCGCUGUCGCCUGUCCAACUGCCGGAUCCUUGAAAGUGUCUGGUUUUAGGACAUAGGAAAAAACAUGGCCACGUGCACCAUUUACCC